CAAAAUACGAGUAUCUCUCAUACAGUAGGAGGCAGCAAAAACUGGAGCAAAGAUGAAGAUAUAGCACUAACAAGGGCUUGGCUAUAUAUUUCUGUUGAUGCUGAUGUCGGUAACAAUCAAAAAAUUGCUAAUAUGUGGAAUCGUAUCUUCCAAGUUUGGAGGGAGAAAAUGGGAACUUAUGAUGAGUCUCGCACAACAAAUGCCUUGCAAUCUCGUUGGAGUAAGAUCGUACCUGCAGUGAACAAAUUUCAUGCUUUAUAUGAGCGACUACAAAGGAAUCCAAAGAGUGGAGCAAGCCAAGAAGAUAUGAGGCGAGAGGCAAUGCGCAUGUACGAAGAUAUUAAUCAAGGUCAAUCUUUCAAGUAUGAACAUUGUUG